AUGACCAAGUCAACCAUCACUCUAGCCUCCGGCAAAGAAAUGCCCCUAGUAGGCUUCGGCCUCUGGAAAGUCCCCAAAGAAACAGCCGCAGAAACAGUCUACAACGCCAUCAAAGCUGGCUACAGACUCUUCGACGGCGCCUACGACUACCAAAACGAAAAAGAGGCCGGACAAGGAAUCCAACGCGCCAUCGCCGAGGGUCUAGUAACCCGCUCCGAGAUCUUCAUUACAACGAAACUAUGGAACAACUACCACCGACGCGAGCACACCUUGCAAAUGGCCCAGAGACAGAACGAGGCAUGGGGUCUCGGCUACAUAGACCUCUAUCUGAUUCACUUUCCCGUUGCACUGGAGUACAUAGACCCAGCCGAGCGAGAGUAUCCCGCCUGGUGGAUGAACGACGCCGGCAAAAUCAGCCCGGUCAACGUCCCCAUCUCAGAAACCUGGACAGCCCUAGAAGAACUAGUCGACGACGGCAUCGCGCACAGCAUCGGCGUGAGCAACUUCCAAGCACAGACACUCUAUGACAUCAAGACCUACGCGCGACAUCCCAUUUCGGCCCUCCAGAUCGAACAUCACCCGUACCUGGUGCAGGGCGAGUUAAUCCAGAUGGCGCGGGAGAACGGCAUUGCCGUGACUGCGUACUCUAGUUUCGGGCCGAUGUCUUUUGUAGAGUUACCGGCUGCGUUUUCGAAGAGGGCUAUGGGCAUUGAGAUGCUUUUUGAUUGUGGGUGUGUUGUUGAGGCUGCUGCGAGGGUGGGUGUUAGUCCUGCGAGGGUUUUGUUGAGGUGGGCUACGCAGAGGGGUGUUGCUGUGAUUCCCAAGUCGAAUAAUCCUACUCGGUUAGCGGAGAAUUUGGAUGUUUUGGACUUUGAUUUGACGGAUGAAGAGAUUCAGGCUAUUUCGGCUUUGGAUCGGGGAUUGCGGUUCAAUGAUCCUGGUUUCUAUUUGGCUGAUUAUCCUCUUCGGAUCUUUGCUUAG